AAGAAGGGUGUCUUGGCUCCUAUUUUCCACUCUUAUUUUCUCCGCCCCUAAAAGGUUGAUUCCAAAUCCAUAAUUCCGCCACGCUCAACAGGAGGGUUUACUGAGUGAGCGGCGUACCAGAGGAGAGGCUUAGGCAGCGGCUACUGCUGAUUGGCAGCGAAGGGGUUCACUCCCUAUCUCCUGCUCCAGCGUAUCGGGAACAGCCAAUCAAAGAGAGGGCUGACCGUAACGACCCAAUCCUGAAGCCCGGCUGAGGACAGGGGCGGGGACAAAUGGCUCAGGUGGACUUGCGGCUGGAGCAGUCCUAGGGGAGCUUAUUUGCUGCUGGUUCUGUGGUGCUGGGGGUCCGAUCGCCAGGCAGAACACCUCCUCUGGUCUAAGGGAGUCAUGAGCCGUUUCCUGAAUGUGUUGCGAAGCUGGCUGGUUAUAGUAUCCAUCAUAGCCAUGGGAAACACACUCCAGAGCUUCCGGGACCACACCUUUCUCUAUGAAAAGCUCUACACUGGCAAGCCAAACCUCGUAAAUGGCCUCCAAGCUCGGACCUUUGGGAUCUGGACCCUGUUGUCAUCGGUGAUUCGCUGCCUCUGUGCCAUUGACAUCCACAACAAGACCCUCUACCACAUCACACUCUGGACCUUCCUCCUCGCCCUGGGGCACUUCCUCUCUGAGUUGUUUGUAUUUGGAACUGCUGCACCCACAAUUGGUGUCCUGGCCCCACUGAUGGUGGCAAGUUUCUCCAUCCUGGGUAUGCUAGUCGGGCUCCAGUACCUAGAAGCAGAGCCAGCAUCCAGACAGAAGAAGAGGAACUGAGGCCACAUCGCCACCUCCCACCUCUCUGUCUCCCCUUCAUUCUCUGCUCUUUAAUUUCUUCUUUGGGGCUCCAUCCUCAGCCCCUUUACUCACUUUUGGCCUUUUAAGUUGUUGAGGUUUUGCUUUUUUUUUUUUUUUGGCAUUUAAAAACAUUUAAGACAUAACAUGCACACAGGGAAGUGUACGACAUAUAUGUACAAUUUAAAGAAUAAUUUUAAAGUCAACAUUCAAAUAAGCCACCCAAGUCAAGAAAUCACCUGCCCCUCAAAAGCCCCCGCUGUGUGUCCUCCCCACCUGCAGCCUCCCGUAGGCUCCUUCUUCCAGCCUUCUGCUUUUGUUCUGCUUUUUUAAUUUUUUUGCCCUUUUUAUUUCCGUUCCUCGGUUUGGGUCGUGGUGGGGAUGUGAGAACUGUGAAACCUGAAGCUGCUGCCCACCCCGCGCAGCUGUGACCAAGGGCUGCUUCAAGGGGCUGUCCACACACUGGGCUCCUCUCUGCUGCUAGACUCUCAACUCUGAACCCGCCAAGGACAGGCAGUUCUUCUUCUGUGUGAGCAGGACUGUGGCUCUUCUUUUACUACAGGUGGGUGAGGGUUGGAAGAGUCUGGGCUGUUUUUAGACCUUCUGGUCAGCUGUAUUUGUGUAAUGAAUUUUGUAAUAAAUAGUAAAACCCUC